AACGGUGUUGAUGAGACAAAAUAUGGCUCAUAGAUUUUGGUGGGCGGAGAGAUCAAAGCUGCAUCUGAGGGCUAUUUAUUUGCAUUUUUAGCCACAAUGGGUGGAUCAUUUCCGCUUUCAAAGCUGGGAAUACUUAUUAUCAGACAAAUUAGCAGACCCAUUGCCAACUCGAUGAAGGAAAGGGCAAAGAAUCAUUACUUUUUCCGCACUUAUGUGUGCAUGCCACCUGCUCAAAUCUACCACUGGUGUGAGGUGAAAACCCGGCUAUGGGUUCUUGGCCUUGGGAGAUCUGGAGAAAUCCCCAAGCUUAAUGAGACCAUGGCUAUUGAAAUUGGAGCUAACAUGAUUGGAGAGGGAGCGGCGCUGCUGCUGCUGGCAGGGAUCGUGUUCGCCAUCGCCGCCACCAUCCUCAUCUACGAGUACAACCGCUCGGCGGCCAAGGAGGAGGCGCGCGAGGAGGCGCAGCAGCAGCGGCUGGCAGAGCUCGACUCGCGGGUCGAGGACCUGCGCUUCACGGUGGAGGAGCAGGGCGCCAAGAUCCGCGAGCUCUCGCAGCUGGCCGGCCGGCUGGACGCGGCCUGGAGGGCCUAUCAGCAGCAGCUGCAGGCGAGCGGCGCCGACAGAGACUCGGCCAGCUGAGGUCGGCGGAUCCGGCGACGGUCGUGGACGGGGUAGUAAGCUGACGGGGUCAGCGUUAGUGCCGCGACAUCAGGUAGCUGCAGUUUAUAGUGUUUACAUUCAACAGUGAGUAUCCAGCGACUCUGUGAGUUGUGGCGGAAAGUAAGUAUUUUGAUAGAGCAUGCGCCGACGCCCGACAGUUAUGUUGGCGACUGCCUAACCGAGAAUUGUGCGUUUGUACGACACUGAAUGAUAUCCGAAUUGUCUCAUAUUCGUAACGGUUAUUCGCCUAUCGAGGCAUUGUAAGUGUCCGUGACAUCUGUGCCGUAUAUGAUAGAAGUCUUUCAAGGUGACUAGGCCGGCCAGGACCCUGUGGAGCUCACGAGCGGACAACUGGGGGAAUCGAUAGAUGAACAUAUGAUAUUGGCACUCAAUUAUUUACACAAGCUGUCAACGUUAUGUCGAUUUCAAUUGCACAAAUCUAUGUGGAUUGUAGUAUAUCAUUGGAAACAUUGCUCGCUGCUCAGGCUAGUGUUUAUCAUGACGUUUUCUUUGGCAGUCUAUAUCUAAGCACUUUGUUUUUAUUUAUCACUGCUUGUUCUGCGGAAUUGCCAAUGGAACCGAGGAUCCCCAGACGGACUUCCAUAUUGUGUGGGUUUCGGUGGCCAGAAAAAAGUAUGGGAGCAAGGAGCCUGAAAGGUUAUUUGCUGCGUUCAUGUGCGGAACCGUGGGGCUUCCUUGAGCUUGUAAGUUGGUUUUGGGUUGUGAUGUGCGGGCGCAACGUUUUACCCGUGCGUGCGUUAUGGGUUUGGUGAACGAAGUGCAAUACAUCAGUAGGA